AUGAUCCGUAAACAGAGAGUGAUUCUCGUUGAAUCAGUUUUACUCGUUGCUUCCAGAACCAUGAACGCGGCAACGGUUCUACUGGUCCUCAUGGCGGGAUUAACGAACGGUCAAUUGAACUUCGAGGGUAACCCGUUGACGGAGGACACCGAGUAUACAGCUGAGGAGUCACGCUUCUCUGAGAGAACCGCAAGACGAGAGGAAACCACGACGAACGUGACCAACAUUCUCGUAAAAUCGUCUCAGAACAUUCAUCCUACUCUCUCGAACGUUAAUAACUCCUCUAUACCUGUAAAUUCUACAAAAACUAUAAUCGAUGCUUAUCCAGUGGAUCAAGACGAUCCUCUGUACACGAUCGAACAACAGAAGAUCGUUCAUACAGCUAGAAACUUGCCUGCGAAUAACUACAAUCAAGGAACAACAACCACUGUGAAUUCAGCAGAGUUAGCUUUGAACAGUUUUCUAAACUCGAAAACACCAGAAGAAUCGCGUUUAUCGUUGGAUUAUUAUUUGCAAAACAGAGAAACCCCUGACAACGUUCCAGGAAUGAUCGUUAAUCAGCAACAAUUGACGCAACAACCGGUGCAACGAGUUAAUCAACAACUAGUGUCUUCACCUGUGAACCAACACUUGACUGCGCAACUCAUGCAACAAAGACAGCCGUUUCAGGCUUUCCCCGUUAAUCAACCAGCCUACAAUGCACCUGUGAACCCGGUAGAUCUUCGUUCGACUGUGUCGAACCCUAUGGCUACGCCUCUGAUGCAGCAACAACAGCUAUUCCAGCCGUAUACAGAUGGGAUACAACCGAGGAAAGACGUGUAUUAUCCUGGAUGGUAUCAACGCGUGAGAAGAGUGCGUGGGAAACCGUUUAACUAUAUACAGCCGAGAGGAAACCCAGGUUUUCACGGUGGUCCACCUAUUCCAGCAGUUCCAUUCAAGCCAAAAGGUCCUCCCAUCGAAGUGAUCUACACGAAACCACCUGGAUUUCAUCAUGGACCACCGGCGAUCAAUAAUCCUCCUGUUCGUUACGAGGACGCAAGUGCGUGGUUCCCUGAAGCAGAUCAACCACCACCUACCAAAGAUGUUUAUUACUCUCAACUGUACGCUCAAUCCUACGAUCCUCAUUACUAUAAUUACAUAGCCAAAACUGGCAAGAUUAAGCCUCAUUUGUACGGAAAAUUCGGUAAGCAUCACGAAGAAGAGGGAAGCGGUAUCUGGGCAGAGUUGUACAAAGGAUUCAAGAAACACGGACUGAAGAACAUCAUGACACCGACGUUUCUUCUUGGAAUGACUCUUCCUGUAGUCACUUUGAUGCUCACCGCGCUUGUACAGAAGAGAUCCUUGUCCAGAUCAGACUCCAGAGAAUUUUCUCAAGACGAUACUAUUCAAGAAUACCUGGAACAAAUUCAGAGAGCAGUGGAAUGCUACGAGAAGAAAAGAAGGAAGAGGGAUGCAAAUGUAUUAGACGAGUGUUAA